AUGAUCCUGUACGUCAACCUGAGACGUCCGCCGUCAUCCACCAGUUCAAGGCGACGAGGCUGGCGAAAAUCGCCGAAUUCUCGCCAUGCUGACGCCACCCGGCCAUCACCCCCGGAGAAUACGCCGCAGAUUCAGCAGACCUCUGCAUCGGCGAUCGAAGACAAUGAUGAUCCGAAUCGCGCCGCGUCGUCGACGCAUGAACUCUACCAACUUCAACAUUGCCGCUCACAAGGGCCGCAUCGUGGCAGCGACCUGCCCGACGGCAAAUUCGACAAGGAGGACGAGGUCCGCCUGCCUCGAGCUCGCUCACGAGAAGACGAGCAAGCUGAGCCGUUGUCUUGGAAGCUGCAAACAAGCGUAGUAGAGGAGUUAAUAACACCACGACCUGGCCGGCUCCCGACCGCAUGGAGGACGACGGUUUACGGCGAGCGAUUCCACCGCGACAGCGGGCCGCUCGUUGCCGGAUUCGCUAAUGGAGUCUUCGUGCUGCUCGAUAGUUCCCGUCGUUGUCGC